UUGACCACGCCUAUGAGAACAGAGAGAGAACAAGGAAGCGAGAGAUCAGAGACGAAGCUUUCCAGAAAAGUACUGAACUUUCGAUUCCCUCUUGUUCAUGAAUCAAUACCCAAGUGGACAAUUUUGGAAGCCAAAGAUUCGAUUUUGGAGUCUCUCAAACCUGAAGGGAGCCCUUUGAUUGUUAGAUUUGAUUUCGUCUCGAGCUUUUCGUUGGAUCCGAGAAAAAGUUUUUGUGCUCUGAAGAAUCUGAGGUUGAGCUAAGGCACACGUCGAUUGAUUUGUUCCUUUGGUGUUCUAUCAAAAGCUUUGGUUCACCCAAAUAAUCUUUGCUUCAACUCUCCAAACUCAAAAGCUUGAGGAAGUAUUCUUCUACGAGACUGCUUGCCAAGUAUGAAAGCUAAGGUAGUAGAUUAGAGCUUUGGUUCUGUCCUUCCAAGUAUGCAAGCUAAGUUACCUUCCAAACAAUGGGAGAUCCAAAAGACGUAAAAGGUAAAGGUCAAUACCACUCAUGGUCUGGACCUGAGCACAAGUUGUUAUUGAGGUUACUAGUGGAUGCAAUCAAUCAAGGUUUUCGUGAUGCCAGCGGCAAAUUCAACAAACUGACGGUCGAAUCCAGAAUACUAACAACUCUACAACAAGAAGUUGGAUCUAAAAAAACCUACGGUCAGUAUAAAAAUAGGAUGAAAAUCUUGAAGGGUAGGUACCAAGUGUUUGCAGAUUUUCUUCGUUGUAGUUCUGGUUUUGGGUGGGACUCUGAAACGAAAAAAAUCACAGCAGAUAAUGAAGUAUGGAAGGUCUAUCUGCAGGCUCAUCCAAAUAAUAAAUAUUUGCGUGAUGAUUCGUUUGAAGAUUUUGAAGAGCUAAGGACUAUAUUUGAACAGAAUACUGCAACUGGGCAGAAUGCUGUGGGACUAGGUGAUUCUGUUGAUGCAGGAUCCUAUCAAUUUGAAGAGAACGAGAAGACAAAUGAUAAUGAUUUUGUCCACGUGAUAGAUGAGGGAGGAGGAAUAGAACACCAGCAAACAUGUGAACCUUCAUCAAGAAAAAGCAUUGGAGAAAAGCUUUCACAUAGAAAGAAAGCUAGGACGGAUGCAUAUAACUCGGAAAGGGUUUGUGAGGAAGUUACAGAAAUCAGUAGCCAAAUUUUUGACAUGAUUCAGAAAAGAUGGGUGAAGGAAGCUGAAGAAAAAGAAGCUGAAGACAAAGCUAACAAUGUUUGGGAUGCUAUCAAGGAAAUUCCUGACUUGGAUGAUGAUUUGCGUUAUGAGGCGAUGACCCUUGUUCACACCUUAGGCAUGAAAUCUGGUUUCGUGAAUAUGUCCAUAACAGAUCGUUGUGGAUGGAUUAAAAGAAAUCUCCGUAAACCAAGUGGCUGAAGUAACAUGAUCGGAGUUCUAAAGAUAGUUCGUCAUCUUGGAGUUUUUAUUUCUUUAAAGUUGAGUUUUUAUUAUUACUUUAGCUAUGAUUUUGUUUCUUCUUUGC